GGCCAAGCUGCGCUCCUCACUUUCUUGGCUCCUGUCUAAAGUCUACGGAAGCAAUGUUCCCAAAGAACUGCAGGAUCCUUUUUAUCAAACAGCUGAGGUAAAGAAACUUUUCCCCCUUUUUUAAGUGUCACAUUAAAGAAUAACUUUUAGCACACACCCCCCCCCCUCUCUCCCAAAUGGGUUCUCUUGCUGGAAAUGAGAUGUUAUUCUACAAAAACAAUUUUUUUUAAAAGCAAUUUAAAACAAAAUCAAUAUCCAUAUGAUUAUUUCAAUAUUAUUGACUGUGUCAAUCUGACUACUGUUUUUUUUUCUUAGGGUCAGGUGGUACUACGUCCUAACAUGGUCAACUAUAUGUCUUCAAGUGAGCUAUACUGCCAGGCCUGUAGCAACAUGUUCCCAGACACACACGCACAAUGGCAAGGUGAGUUGUAUCCAUGAAAAACACAGGCAUAUGAGCCUUUGUAGUAGACAGAAGUUUAGCGAAGCUUUGACUGCCCUUUGGUAGUACAGUGGAAAGCUUUGACUGCCCUUUGGUAGUACAGUGGAAAGCUUUGUCUGCCUCAUAAAAAAAGACAUAGCAUUGGGGAUAGUACUCAUCGGCAUACAGUCGGGGGCAAUGUACUCGCCAGCUCAGUAAGACAACUACUCUAGAGAAAGAACAUAAACCUUAAGUCAAAAACACCCCAACAGUGAAAUAAAUACGCUGGAUGAUGAUGAUGACCAGGUCAAAAAUUUGCUUGCCAAAGUCUGAAAUACUGUGCACAAAACAGAACUGUGAAAGUGGCUGUAAGAAAAGUUACAGGUAUUGGAAUAAAUCUGAAACAAGGAUAAACAAAACUCAAAAAAAGUUUGCACCAUAAUGGAUGCCAUUGUACAUGUUUUCUAUUAAUAAUGCCAUUGAACUCAAUAUUUGUCCUAAUUAACAAAUUUUGGAUAUGUUAAAAAAAUAAAUAAAUGGGACAUCUAUUAAUGUUGACAAAAACUCAGACUUAUUUGUUUGUAUUAAUAAUCUUGAUCGUUCACUUUAAAAAAAAAUUAAAUUGUCUUUUAUUUAGUGUUAUUGCAUUGAUUGUUGCAGGUCACUGGAGCAUCAUACAAGUUCUUUCUAGGAAAGGUAUCUACAUUUCAGAUGAGACAUCAGUUACAGAAACAGUUUUAGUUCAGACAGCUCCAUUUAGAUUGGUUAGUCACUUUCUCAUUGUUUCAGCAAAUAUUUUGUUUUAAAUUUUUUUUUUUUUUUUUUUUUUUUUUUUUGAAGCUACAAUUAGAUCUAAUUGGAUUUGUUAUUGUCAUUUCAAAUAUUUUUAAAUAGAUAAUUAUGAGUUUAAAUGUUAAUAUUCAUUUAAAUAAUUGUGGGUUUGGUGGCCAAGAAGAUUUCUUUUAGGAAAAUAGGGAUAUUUGCAAAACCAAGUAAGGGUUGGUUUUUAUAAACAUUGUAUGUUGUAUAUGUGGUGUCAUAAUUUGAAAUAAACCUUUACAUUAAUCAUAAAACAGAAAUAGCAAUUUUAAAUAAUAACUAAACUUAAGAAAUCAAAAUAUAUAAUUUUUAAAUUAUCAUAUUGAAAAUAUAUAUAAAACAUUUAAUUAAAUGAUUAACUUUAUUUAAACUCUAUAAAAAAAAAUCUGAUCUUAAGAAAUAAAAAUGUUUUAUUGAAAUUUUUAAUUAGAAAAUUUUUUCUAAAAAUAAUUUAAAACGUUCUGUCUUAAAAAUAUUGACUCUGUGAAUAUACUACCCACAGAAAGCCCACCUUGCCUUGAUAGAUGCCUUAAUGAGAGCUUAUAUUGCUGAAGUAGCCAGUGUAGAGAAAGUCGUCAAAGCAGUCAAGUAGGUCAUUUUAUUGUCUUAACGUCAACUACUUUCCCCCCCCCUCCCCCUAAAAAAACACAACUACAAUUGCAUCAAUUUAUUAGAGCUGUUAAAUUAUUUGUGUCUGGUUAUCCUAUCUAUGGCAUUAAAUAGUCAUGAUCAGUGUCUGCAAAGUAAAUUAAACAUAAUGUCAUUUUGUCCAUCAGACGUGUCACAACAUUCCCAGCCUCCAGUGAACUUCCCAGUGCACCGGAGGAGGCCUUGAAGUUUUGGAUCAAUAAAAUUUGUACAGUUUUAGGGUCAGCUGGCGUUGACAUGGUGGCUAAUGGGGAGUCUGCAGUCGAGUCAGGGCACAAGGUUAGUGUUGGGUGUGAAUCCGUCUGGAGAGGUGCUAUUAUUAAUAAGCUGACCAAUGAGCUAAGUUAAUCAGAAGUGACUGUAACGUUGGUUGUUGUUCUAGGUGGUCAGCUGAUCUCUUAUUUGUAGUGCUAUUGGUCGGUCAUUUUGUCAUUAAGCAUCUGCAUACCCUGUGAUCGGUGUCUCCUAUGUAAUGAAUGACUUUUUUGUUGGUGUUGCGUACAGUCUCGACUGGUCAAGCCUGUCCCCACUCGUGAACCAGUUCAAGUCCCUUUGUUGGAGGACCUCAUGAGAGAUAUAGGAGACGGUACCAGUGUGGCAGCAGUCAUAGCGUACUACAGGCCAAAUUUGGUCAACAUCAAGGGUAGGUUCGAUGGGAUCAUACACAAGCAUUCAUAAAUAAAAUUUACAAACAGCAUAAUAUCAAGCAUUCAUACAACCAACCAAUUAUUCUAGGAGUGAAGGUUAGACGAGAAUAGAACUAUUCUAAUAAAGGUAUGGAAAUCUGUUGUCUGGGCUGAAUAAAAGGCUUUUCUACAAUUUGCAUACACAUAACCAAUUCAGCCCUAAAAUCACUUCUCUCAGCACAUGAGGAAGGCCAGCAUGAAAGUUCCCUCCACUCAUGCCUAUAAAAUUUGUUUGCAGACCUGUGCAGUUUUAAAAAAUUUACAUCCUGUUGUUCCAGAUUUGUGCCUCAAGGACAGCAUAGGCAUAGCAGACUCCUUGUACAACCUGCGUCAGAUAGGGGAGUUCUGCAGGAACCAUCUGCCUUGGAAGUGCUUCAUGGUGACCUAUGAGGACCUGCUCUACACACACGAGGUCAUGAAGGUCAACAUUUUAACCUUUCUGGCCGACCUCUUCUACUACUUUGAAGGUCUUGGUGGACAGGUGUCUGAAACAUCCAGUGCUUUGAUAGCAGCCAAGGAGAAAAUAGAUGGUCAGUGUUGGCUUGUCCAAGUGCAUUAAAAUGUAUCAAACAAGAUAAUUAUUAUUUUCAAAUUGUAGGUCUUUGUCACUGAUGGUGCACCUCUGAAUUUUAGCAGUUCGUGGUUACUGAUGGUGUGAGUACCUCUGAAUUUUAGCAGUUCAUGGUUACUGAUGGUGUGAGUUCCUCUGAAUUUUAGCAGUUCGUGGUUACAUUAGGCUCAUGGUACAAAUAAAUCACUGUGCUUUGUUACUGGCUGUGCCAUCAUUUCAAUUAACUGGCCAUCAAUUACAUUAUUUGACUAGUGAUGGUGAAGUUCUUUUCCCUUUUUUAUGAUCUACAUAUUUGAUAUAUUUGUGAUUUUUUUGUGUGGAAUCACCUGAUGUUAAGAAUUGCAUGCAGUAACAAUUUAUGAAGGUUUUAAGUCUAUUCCAAUCUUUCUUGACUGACCGCCAUCGUUCUGUAUCACACAAAAGAAAAAAAUACUUAACAUUCUUAUGUCUCUCGUCUCAUUUGCCUAGAGUUGCAAGUAUCUGUAGGUAAAGCAUAAACCUAUCUCCCAUCUGUGUUCUUUCCACAAGAUCUGCCUCAUAAAGCCCAUUCUUGCUAACCUUGCUUAUGUGGUCCACCCUGUUUUACAAGUGAUCUUUGAUUUCCCUCUUGGUAUAUUCUUAUUUUAAUUUAAUUAGUUAAUUUAUUUGAAAUAGUUACAUUUCCUGCUAAUUUCAUAAAGAAGUUCUUUGAUUUCAUGGGACACUUCCAUAUUUGAAUAGACCUACCAUUGCCUGUCAACUAUGGAUCUAUUGCAGCUAAGUUUUUCAGUCUCUUUACUUUUGCUGUCGAAGGCUUCUUGGCUGAAAAGUCUACUUUUCUUGUGUUGUCCUUCCUUUUUGAGGUUUUUCCUCUACCUGUUUAUUUCUUAUGGCUUCCACUUGAACGCAGUCCCCUUAAAGUUUUUCUUGUUUAAAAAUAGCAAUGACAUCACGUGUCCCCAGAGACUUCCAGGGAUAGCUUGACUCUCGCAUGGUUUCAGUAAAGAAAAUCAGAAGUUUUUUUUUAUCUCAUUUCUUUUUCAGUCUUUGUGUAAUUUAUUACUAGCACAUGUUGAUCCUAGGCAACAAAGAUAGAUUUUUUGGUCAUUGUUUAUUUUUUGGCUCUUUAUGUUAAAUUUUUCUUAAACCUUAUUAAUUUCUGGAUACAUUGUUAAUUUGUUAAAAUAAAUUAAUAUUAAGCAGCUAAUAAAAAAAAUAUAUAUUUCACAAAUAUAAAUCAAUUGAAAAAAACGUAGUUGCUUCCCUUUGUUCAGGAAUAUGGAUUAAGUAAAGCCAUAGGGAAUGGGUUACAGUUACAGAAAGGUCCGUGAAUGUUUUAUAUGUAACAUGUCUUUCAUUCAUGUGAAAUAUACUUCAGUAAUAUCACCCCUCCCCCUUUCCCCAAUCUCACCCCAACCUGACUGCCCACUUGGAAACAUGACUAACUUAUUCUGCGACUGUUUCAGCUAUGCCUGCUGCAGGCAGGAGAACCCCUCUCUCUGGUGUAGCCAAUGUCCCCAUUAGCUCUGUCACCAAGAAAAGCUUCCAGAGGCUUCCAUUUGAGGACACAGCCAGCAACCUGGGCAUGAACAGAACAUCAGCCAUCAGCCCCAGGUCAGUCAGGCACUGCCAAACAGAUCAUUUGUGCUGAAUUUAAUCUUUUUCUGUUGUGGCUUUUCAGAACAUUCAUGUAUAUUAUUAUGGUCAGAUGUUGAAGUGGCUUUUCAAAACAUAUAUGAAUAUCAUGGUGAUCAGAUUUUGAAGUAGCUUUCAUCGUCAUGGCUAGGUCAAGGAUACAUAUUUUUAUUGACAAACACAUCUUUUUUGUAACUCAACCCUUGGAAACAUUUCAAGAAACCCGUUAUGUAGUGCUGCAGUUGAUCUUCUCAUCUUGUUUUCAGCUCCCAUCAACCUCUACUACCUCGCCGCUCAGGCGGCCGUCGCAGUUUUACCCAGGAAGACGGCCAGACGUCGUCGUCCCCACCGACCAACAGAAAAGGACGUCGGACAUUGUCCCUCAGCUCCCCGCAGGAGAGAGAAACAGUUCACAAGUCAGUGCUGGCCUGGCAGGAUGAUCAAAAAAUACACAGCAGGUAAGACUCUUGACGAUAGCAAGAGAGGUGUCGACUUUCUUGUCUUACUUUGCAUUAACAUCUUAAAACGAACAAGAGAAGUUGAUACUAUUCAUAUUAGUGGGUGGAACUCUAGAGCCCAUUGUAUCACUAGUAAGUAUUGAUUUCCUUACUUUGCUCACAGAUAUAUAUUGAGUUAUCGCUUUUGAAAGGCCAUUGGAGCCUGAAAUGUUAUUUUUAGUAGAGUCCCUGGAGCCAUUAGGAAUACCAAAGCCGUUUUGCUUUCUUUUGUAUCCAGAUCUGAUGAUAAAAGACAGAGCGGUGAACAUCAACAGGGACGAGGCAGUCUCUUGGCCAAUGUCAGCAUAGAUUCAACCCUCAACCAGAGCACCAAUGCAGAGAACCUCAGUUUAGAUCUUAGUGAAUUAGACACUCCCCGGUAAGGAAAUAUCCACUGACCUCCAAAAUCUCAUUUGUGCAAUGGCCACAAUAAUGUUCAUUAACUUUUAAAAAUCAUUAUGCUUUGUAAACAAUGUGUUUAUAAAACUGUGAAUAAAUGCUAGUUACAAAAAUUUAAUCUGAAAUUGAUUGUGGGAAAAAAAGGAUGGAGAGAAGAAAAAAAUAAUUGAGAGCAGAAAAAGAAAUAAUUGACGGAAAAAAAAUAAUUUAAAAAAAAAUAAAUAAUUGAGAAAAGAAGAAGAAAAAAAUAACAGAAUAGAAUAGAACAUUGAGAGCAGAACAAAAUAAGAGAAAAAAUAAAUUGAGAGGAAAACAAAGAAAAAAAUUGUUUGAAAUUUGUGAGUUAUUUUUAGUAGCAGUUUUCAUGUAAAUUAAUAGGAUAGGGGAUCACUUCAGACCUGUUUACCAUCAAACUCUUGAAAUUGCACAAUAUUAUCACAAAAUCGUUAUUACAUUAUCUUAAUAGUAAAUAAUAAACAUACAAUAGAUAUAAUCUAUGCAUCUCAAAAUUGUACAUUGUACGCCAAAAUCGUAAGAGUAAACAGGUCUGUCGUUUUGUUUGCGUUUAUAAAAUCCUUUUGUUCAUCCAACGUGUACUGAGAAAUUUAUUGUUAAUUUACAGGAUAGGACUGAAUUGUUUGAAAUGGUCUGAACUAAGAUGAACUUGAAAGUACAAAAGAUCCCCUUUAAUCUUCACACUCUUUCUCUCUCUCUAUCUCUCUCACUACAGGUUAUCCAAAGGUUCUGCAUCUGAUCCAAACCAUCCCGACUACAUGGAGCUUGAGAGCGUCACAUCUGGCAGACCAUCACGCUUUGCAUCUCCUCAAGAGCCGACCGACCGCCUGACCAACCGGACACCCACCAACAGGCUGGAGCCACUCACUCCUGCAGUGCUGAGACCCACGAAAGAACGAGACACAAACCUAUCAAAAGCCGAGGAGCGAGGAGACAGGUAAUUUUCAUAGGGGUCCAUUUUGCCCGUCUGUCAGUGGCAGGUAAAAUGAAUAAAUAAAACACCAAAUAUAGGAAAUACUGAUCAAAUAUAUCUAAAUGUUGUUUAAUUGUCCACUCUAAAUUUAACUUUUAAGAGACAAUGUACAUUGAAGUAUUUCUGUGAUUCUCCGUUAAGUAAUUUCAACUCCUCAUUCCCCAGAUUGCAAAGAAAGAAGCAAGUUCACUCCCCAUCCCACCCCUUCCCCCCAUCGCAGAGGUCAACACAGCAACCAUCAGGCAGGUCAUCCAGUGAGGACUUGGCGGUCAGCCUGAGCUCAUCGUCCUCUGAAACCACAGUGUCUUCCCUGCCGUCAGGUUUGUCCUUUAUUUCAGGUUUUAAAUUAAACACAGGACAUAACAUUCAUCUGUUCUUCCUACAGCUUUUUUUUUUAAUCUUAAAGUCACCUCCUGUACUAAGAAGUUUCUGUCUCAAUGCUUACGAAGUUAUAUAUUUUAAUACAAAUGAUUCACUGCUAUUUCCUCUUGUGGCCUACCUACCUAUUUGUUCAAGCCGAUAUUAACACAUGUUCUGGAACAUUCAAGGAAAGACACUGUAGUGUAAUCUCCGGCAAUAACAUUAAUGGCGAACACUUGAGUUUUUUAACCAUUUUUUCUAUCUCUUUUUGUUUCUUAAUUUGUCCUGUCCGCUGAGACGGGCUGUUGGCCGAGACAUACUUCUUUUAUUGUCCUUCCUUCAAUUCCAAGCUUCCACAUACCUUUUUCCACUAUUUCCCUUCAUACAGCUUGAACUGCAGUCCUUCGUUUAUUAUCCUUGUAAUCUCUCAUGACUUUCUCAGUGUGCUCUGUCCAUCUCCUUCAUUUUUUUUGUUAUACUUUGCUCUAUCUCCACUUUCCAACUUCACGCUUUAUUUGCAAUUCAAUCAAAUGAUGGGUUGUAUCCUGUUGAAAUCCUGUCCCAAAAAGAAUUUUUUAUGUUUUGACAUCACUUGGUUUUGCUUGUAUCAAGUGAUAUAAAAAACAAAACGGUCAUAAUUUAUAAGAAUAGUUCAUAGAGGUACUGAAUACUUGGACACAUUGUUAUAACUUUUUGUGUGAUCAUCUCCAUCAGGGGAAAGCCCCACACCCCAUUUGAUAGGCCAGGUUCCACUUCAUCGACCAUUUGAAGCAUUCACAGUUGGUACAGGCAUUUCGCAGCAGUAUGAGGAGUCACCUCCCAAUUCUGUCAGAAGUAAUGGUACGUAUAUAAAGUUGCAGCUAUGUAUUGUAUUUGGAAGCAUUAUCUUCUCGAUAAUGCAUUUUAAGCAUUUAUAGUGGGCCAAGCUUAUGUUUUUUUGUGUGUAAAACCCAUAAAUACCUGCUUAUUUUUCAUGAUCAGCAGCUUCAAUAGUUUCUGAUAUUAACAGACAGUAGAAGUGAAAUUUAGUGAAACUAUUGAAAGCAGUGUUUCCCAACUCAUGGACUAGUGGCUUGUCAAGAAGCAGAUUGCAGCUCUGAAGGAGAGUUUUAGGAAUCAGCUUAUGCUCAUUAAAAAAAAAAGUAGCUUUCAACUUCUUGACAGCUGCGUCAUGUUGAUGAUGGAAGAAAUGAAUAGUUUGGGCCAGGCUGAAAUGAAAACUAUUAACUGUAUAUUUUGUGCUUCAUGUAUCAGAUUUUUUAAAACAAAAAUAUAAAAUAUAAUUUCUGCGGUUGUUCAAAAUAGCUUAGAAACCAAGCGGUGAUCAAAAAUGAUUUUCAAGAUAACAUAAAAAAUCUUUGGAGAUGAUGAUAUUUAAGUUGUUCAACUAAAGUGGACCAGAAGAAAUUUCUGAUAUAGAGAAUCCACUCAUGAUAUUUGUAAUCCUUGUGACCCUUUUCUAAGUGAUUUCUCUUUUCUGUCUCUGAGCCAGAAAUAUUUGAAUGUAAGAAUUUGUUUAAUAAAAUCCAGUAUCUGAACUAGCACAAUCAGUCUCUGAGCUAAUGCUAGCUAUAACUCUACUCUAAGACUUUGACUAGUAUGAAUCCAGUGUCCCAUUACUAACACCAUGCUCUGAGCCAAUGCUGGGUAUGAAUCCAGAAUCUGUCCUAACACCAGUCUCUGAGCCAAUGCUAGCUAUAACACUACAGUAAGACUUUGACUAGUAUGAAUCCAGUGUCCCAUUACUAACACCAUGCUCUGAGCCAAUGCUGGGUAUGAAUCCAGAAUCUGUCCUAACACCAGUCUCUGAGCCAAUGCUAGCUAUAACACUACAGUAAGACUUUGACUAGUAUGAAUCCAGUAUCUGUCCUAACAUCAGUCUCUGAGCCAAUGCUAGCUAUAACACUACAGUAAGACUUUGACUAGUAUGAAUCCAGUAUCUGUCUUAACACCAGUCUCUGAGCCAGCGCCAGCUGUAACUCUACUGUAAGACUUUGACUAGUAUGAAUCCAGUAUCCGUCCCAACACCAGUCUCUGAGCCAAUGCUAGCUAUAACACUACAGUAAGACUUUGACUAGUAUGAAUCCAGUGUCUGUCCCAACACUAACACCAUGCUCUGAGCCAGCGCCAGCUGUAACUCCACUGUAAGACUUUGACUAGUAUGAUUCCCCACCCACAGCAAUCAGUACAGCAGGCAGUUACACAGUAGCCAAUAGUGUCUCAUCCCAAGCUGCUAGAGCUGCUGGUAUCCCCAUAGUAUCUGAUAGCAACGACAUGACAUCACUUGUUGAUACAUCAGCAGGGGAUCGAUCAAGGGAGGGAAGUGUUGCCAGCUCAGGGGAAUACUCGGACCAUGAAUCACAGAAGAUUCACCAAGAUCACAAGGUCAGUAGGAGUUGACAUUUGGAGAUUAACAUGUGGCACUCAAUUAGACCAGAUAUAUAUGUAUGUGUAUACUUUUUUUAAUGACAUUAAAAUUAUUAAUUAAGAAACAAUAAUUUGAUGCAAAUAAUCUGAAAAAUUAAAAGUAGCUUGUAACUACGUUUUUUUUUAGUUUUUCAAAUUUGUUUUUGCUUUCUACCAAGCCAUUGUGUCAUGCAAUUAAAUACUAUCUUAACCUUGUAUUACAAAUAAUAUUUUAAUACACUCUUGUUGUGCGAUUCUGUAGUUUAAAAAAAAAAAAAAUUAAUUUGAUCAUUAGUGUACUCCCCUGAAUUUCUCCCCUGUUCUAGUUCUGCUGUUUCCCCGUGUUCAUUUCAGCUUCGUGAGUCUGGCACACCCAUGACAGUCAGGGGAAACAACAACAACGGGAUGAAACCUGCCAUGAUCAUCGCCGACGGCCUGGGCAGUGGGACCAACUCUGGGACCGGAGAGGGAGGCAGCGUCUUCAUCAAGCUGCCACCGUCUUCCAACACCACAAACUUUGCUGAGCUCAAACGACUGAAAGACAAGCUGGGAUAUAAGAUUGACAAGGUUGGAGAGGUUGUCUCUGAACUGAUUUUUGACACCGAAUAUUUUUUGCUACUAGGGUGGAAGUUCUUGUAUGUUAAUGUAACUUUUCAUAUAGAUCAAAGGUUUACGAGUAAGAAUGUAAUAUCAAUGAAUAAAAAUCAGUGUAAAAAAAUUGUACCAACUAUAUAAAUCAAAGAAUAGUUUUAAUGCUUGCAUACUGUGUAUGAGAAUUUAGUGUCUUAUAAGAAAAAACAAAAAAUUAAAAUAUGUAAAAAAAACACUUUAGUUGGCUAAAAUGAAAUAAAAUAAUUCCUUAAUAGUUGUCUUAUACAUGUCUUGAUUAUUCCUCACUACAGUUGCUUUUUUUUUUAUAUAGAAGGAAACUUUUAUAUAUAUUGAAAUUAAACAUGGUUUUCUUAUUUUAAUUAGGCUUUCAGUUUUACUAAAUUGCUCUGUAACAAAACUGUAGCAUUUUUCCCUUAUGAAGAGUUGUUAACUAAUUUCUGUGUUUGAAGGUGGAUAACUCUGCUCUGAUAUACAUGCAGAGUUGCAGUCAGGGUGGACCCUAUGACAAAAUGGCUGCUGGGGACCUUAAAACAACCCUUGGGGGCUCCUCGCAAGGUCAAGGCCAUCUUGUACCAGGUAUUUAAUUAACGUAAUACCUAAUUUCCUUUUUGAAACUGUGUCAAAUGAAAACAAAGUCGACACAUUUUUGGUGUCUGCCUUUGAUAUUUUCCAUAAUUUAUUUGAAGAAAAGUUGGCAGAAUGUCAAUUAUUUGAUGUGCAAAUAAGCUUUUUUGAAAUACUGAGUUUUUUUUUUUUGGCCUAACAAGGUGCAAUUCUAAUUGUCUUCAAGAAACAGAAACAUUGCAAAUCCCAUCUACAUGCAUAGGAGCCAAAAUGAUCAAUAAAUUGAUCGUGGGCCCUUAAGAUAUAGAAGAAGAAGAAGAAAUUGUAUUUCAAGGGCAAACAAAUUCAAAGUUUACUAUUUUAUUGAGGAUAUUCAAAGUAUACCUUCCCCGAGUAGAAAGUUUUGAAUCGUACUCAUUGUCUCAACACUUGACCGUCAGAUAAAACAAACCAAGCGGGGUUAACCAGCCCGUCACCUGUCCCCGAGGUGGCCGUGCCACAGACCAAUGGAGCAGAGCCCGCCUCUUCAGACCUGCAACAGCUGAGACUCAAGCUGGAGCAGAAGAGGAGAGAGAUUGAGAGGAAGAAGCACAGGCAGGAGGCCCAGCAGACAAAGAUGAGGCAGAGAUUGGGUCAGUCUAAACGUUGGUUACUGUUGGUGGGUUUGGGGGGCUCAUUCAAACUUUAGCUUCAUUGUUAUUGUACUGGGGUUACCUUUGUUGCUGUUAGUGGAUCUCAACAUCUUUGUGGAUGAGGGUCAUCCAUAUUUAAUCUUUAUUGUUAUGUGUGUUGGAGUAAUCUUUAUUACUGUUAGUGGAUAUCAACAUCUUGGUCGAUGGGGUGUUUUGAUGGAUAUACUGGUUAUAUUGUUUUACUUAAGAUAGAAGCAAGUUACUUUUAUAUGUGUAGUUUAGACCCUUUAUAUGUUAACUCUUUUGGCUUCUGUUUUCAGGUAAGGCCGCUUUCAUGCGUGUGGUCUCCAAGCAUCUGGAAGGGGGUGAGGAAGAAGAAGCCGCUGAAUAUGAAGAGACAAGCAGGCAAGACGCCCUGGCGGCCACAUCGACUCAAGCUCAAAUCCAGGCUCGCCUCGGUCACCCCAUGCAGAGGCUACCUCUGGGGCACACCGCCAGGUCGCAGCCUGUCUCUGGCAAUGCAAUGCCACAAGGAACUCUGGGUCCCCUAAUUCCGCCAGACACGUCGGCCCAGAGGUUCACCGACUGGACAAGUGUUUCUAAAAGUAAUCAGACGCUGACUCCAAGGCCCGGCAAUCUUGAUGAACAGCAGUCGCCUGGGGUAGUAGACCCCGGGACAGACUCUCAAAAAUCAGGGAACAAAGCUUUUUCACGGGAGGGCAUCCAGCAAACUAUAGAUAAUGUCAAAAAUAAGUGGUUUAAUAGUAAUUCAGACCUGGUAACAGGUGGUGGAUUCAGUGAGGAAGACGCAGGGUCUUACAGGGUGAGCGGUAAUGAGCUUGUGGGCGGGGCCAGUGCAAGGACUGACAGCAGGGAGAGCAGCCAGUCUCCUCACAUGGGCAGGCCAAGCUAUGCAAACUCACCAGUCCCCGGGCAGAAUGCAUCCCCACAAGUCAGGGACACCUCCUCACCCAGACCAAUCAAAGUUGAACCAGAGUACCAGGAAUAUGACUCCUCUCUUGACAAGCUCAACAACAGCUUGACUGAGCUUCAAGGUGAGAUCAUGCGUCUCUCACUGCAGCAUGAGCAGCUUAAAGCCGCACAGUCGCCCGUGAGUGGACAGCCGGUUGGGUUUGACCCAAGACUUGGUGAAGCUUUACAGGCCAUCGGCUCCCCCUCCAUGGGGGCGUCGCCGGCAGCCCCACGCCCCAUUCAAGGCAUACCACAGCAAGCCCCCUAUGUCCACGGAUCUAUGGUCAGGAGCCAGCAGCAGUCUGGCAUGAGCAACAGCUUUUCAGCAGAUGUAAGUGCUUCGCCGCUCAUGAACACCUCACAGCAACAACAGCCUCUAACCAUCGGGUCUGGUGCAAUGACAGACUCCAACAGUUCUGGAUUAAGCAGGUCUGGUCAUGAAGCCAGGCCAGGCUUGGUCCUUUCUGAUGAAGCCCAUGAUCAGAGUGAAAUGGAUUCAUCCUCUGAAGGCUUCUUUAUUGCUUACGCUGAGGACACCCCCAAGAGACCAAAACCAAAACUGUCGGAUCAACGUGGUAGAGGAGUGUCUCCAUCCCCGCAAUCUAGACAAACUCCGGUCAUCCCUCUCGUAAGUGGUCAAGAUGACCAGGCUGGUGCCAGUAAAGGUAGUGGUCUUGUAACAUUGGAGCCACAGUUGGGUUUGGCCGAUGAUGGUUCUCCAAGCAUCGGAUUUGUCAUCAAGGACCAAGAAGCUUUGUCGAAAGAGCAGGUUAGAUAGUUUCUCAGUCUUAAUUAUGAAAAAAUAUAAGAAUACGUCAGCUUAAACUUUUUACCUUUUAUAAAUAAAAUUUUGGACAAUUUUGAUACCUGGGGCUCACCUUUUAUAAGAGAAGGAAACAAAAAUUGAGAACUGUUACCAGAAUAUGUGAUAGCUAACUAAUGUGAAAUUACUGACUCACCUCUUGUAAAAUUUUGCACAGUAUAAAAUCUUGACCACCUUCUAACUCUCCAGUUCACAAGUCAUUACUCAAUCAGAUGAAAGAAAUAUGUAACCUGGUACAUCUGUGGAUUUGUUGAAAUUGACUCAUUUAAAAAUAAACCCAUAACAGAUUUCCUUGUCCUGUAGCGUUGAAAGGAUUAGCUAAAUCCAUUAAUUUGUCCAAUUAAAAAACUUGAUUUAAACUCUUAGUAAUCCUCUUGGGAGAUUUAGAAGCUAUUUGAAACAUUAAUUUGCACUCUUCAGUUUGUUACAUAAUUGGGAAAAUUAAAUUGUUUUACAGGAAUAUGAGGAUGAGAUGCAGAAAAAGAAAAUCAAAUUGAUGGAGAUGCAGAGGAAGAGAAAGGAGGAGCAGGAGAAACGAAGGCUGGAGAAAGAGGCAGAGAUGGCUAAAAAAGCAGAGGAGAAAAUGUAAGUAACUUUUAAAUGCAUACAUCUCAUAAAAUAGUUUAUUAUAUAAUGAGGGAAAUUAUAUCUUUUAUGAUAGUGAGUCACCUUUAGAUGUAGUCAUCUCAUCAAAUAGUUCAUAAUUCAAUAAAGAAAACUAUAUCUCUUAUGGGGAUCCGAUCGACAAGCCUGGUGGCUUGCCGACUGGGAUGGGCCAGCCACUGGACCCCCUUGGCGUUAACCUGGGUAACAAAACUGCUAUUGGAUGUCCUGCGUGGGCAGGACAACAAGGAGCAACCAUGGUACCUGCUGGAAAUAAAACAGCACCUUCAAGGCUGCCAACUGUGACGCUUCACAGUUGGAAGUAAAGGCAGAAACAGUGUAGGGAUCAUGAUUACUAGUUGCCGUUAAUGGAUAUGAGGGUGGAGGCAAAGGUGGAAACCUCUAGCCGAUGAUUCUAACUACACAGCCCUGAGAAAGCUGCUGCUAGGCGACCGUUGUGUCCCAGCUACUUUGCAAACUGGUUGUGUGGUGGAAGCCCAUGGUAGAAACCCUCUUAAAGGGCCUCCGACGUUUCCCCGGGAUGGGUAGGGGAAGAUAUUAGGACGUUGUUAAUGUACUAUCCCGGCUCUCUGGGAGAGUCGGCUGCGAACGCUUUAAGCGCAGCAUUUUCGGUUGACCAGGCAUCCCCGAGCGGGGAAAGUUUCCAUUCGUGAGUCAGAUUGAGCGGCCGUGAGUGUGGGCGGUGCAGGCGGGGGGAGGUUCCAGGCGUGCCGCUGCACGGCCUGGGCGUCUGGCCCUUGCGGAGGUGUCCCGGGAUGGGGCACUAAAAGCUCACACUCGACUGCCUGGCCAUUUCCCAAUUGACGUAUUUGACGCAUAUCUCUUAUGAAUAAAUGAAAAAAGAAUGUUCUGUUGCCGUCAAGACUGUUUGAGGCUACUCUCUGGCUACUGGGAAGUUCCCCACUUUUUCUUAUGUAAUGCACAUUGCCAGAUUGUAAUUUUGUGUAUUUCUGAAUUAAACAAAAAACUACAAUCCUAAAUUCCAACUGGUUGUCAAUUUGUUUUAGAACUCUAUGUUAAAAACAAAAAUUCCAUAUAGAGGAAUGAUACAUUUUUUUCUUAGCCUGCCAUGGCUAGUUGAUGAGUAAAUAUGUGUGAAUGCACUAAAAAUUGUUUAAAUUAUUAUUUUAUCACAUUUAUGAAUUUACAGGUACAAAGAAGAGGAGCAGGAGAGGAAAAAGGCUGAAGACAAGGCAAGAAGAGAGGUAAUCUUCCAGCAGUACUUGCAGAAGAAGCAAGAGGAUGAGGAAGUAACUCCUACCAAAGUCAAGGUCAAGAAACGGGACAGCAGCAGUGGUGGCAAGCCAAGGCCAAAGUCCAUGUUUGUGAAAUCCAAAGCCAUGACCCCUGAGCCUGGUAGGUUCAAACAAAUCAUAUUGUAAUGUGGAUAUCUUACAAAAAAAUAUAUUGUAGCCUGUGGAGGCCCAACAAACUAAUUAUGGAGGUGCAACAAAUUGUACUGUAACAUAGAGGUUUUAUAAAUUAUUUUUGAAUAAUGCCUUUACGAAUACUAUAAUAUGUAGGGUAAAUAAAAUAUUAGAGUUAAAUCACAUUCAUCUUUUUAAAAAAAGGCAAUAAUGGACAUAAAGAUUCUUUGUGUUUUUAUUAGUUUAGUAUUUCAAACCAUGUUAAUAAAUAAUAUGAUAGGAAAUGAUUUUUGCUUCUUUGUAUAAAACCAAUAAUUGCUUGCCGAACAUUGCAGGUGCUCUUGGUGGUAUGGAUUCUGGCAGCAGCUCUCAGGAGGACCUCAUCGGCAGAGACGCUUCUGGUGGCAGGACAACCCCAGGUGUUAUGUCAGGUAGGGGGGAACACCAGAGUGUGUGGGACAGUGAUUUUGUCACUGGUGGUUUUGUGCUUGUUCAUCACACACUGUGUUGGAUGUGCUUGUUGUAUAUAUCAGUCAAGUCUUGCUUCAAGGAAAAAAAAAAUUUGAUGUAAAAGGAAUGCUGCAUUAUCUUUAACAGCAAAGCUUCUCAAUAGAAUAGUUGCCAGGAAGAGAUCUGAGCUUGCCAGAAUUUUUUUUUAAUUUGUUGCAUUGUUGCACAGUGUUUCACCCAGCACAGCAUGUAAAGCUAAAUUUGACUCUUUGCUGACUCUAAUUGAAAGUUGAUUGUUAACACACUUUAUUUUAACUGUUUUCAAAUUAGUUGAAUCGUUUGCCAUCUUUUCAGGAGGGGGGGGGGUAAAAUAAAAAUUAAUUAGUAAUAUAAAGUUGGUCUUCACAUAACUGGAAAUUAUGGCCUGAAGGAAUACAAUAUCCUUGUAGUGUGGGACAUUUAGCACGGAUACAAAAAUACUGUUUCAUAAGUAUUAUACGAUUGUUCUUUACUAUUAUAAUGUAAUGUAUAUUUUGGUAGACUAAGAUAUUUUUAAAACGGGGCAGGCAAAAUAAUCCAUGUUUAUUUUAGUAGUUAAGAUUGUUCAUGUCCCAUGGCAGUUUGUUAUUUCUUAAUAUCCAGUGUGCAUUUGAAUGUCAAUCAAGCAUGUUUACCUAUAACUUGUUUUGUUCCCUUGCUGUUGUCUUGACUUGUUUUAUGUAAUUUCCAAUUCUUUUCAACACAGUUGACCCCCCUGAGAAAGGUAGAUUACUUACAUUAUUUUACUAUUUUUUUAACCAGUUGAUUUAAUUUGAUUUAUUUUUGUUUCAGUUGCAGAUGUUCACAAUUUUCUGUUGCUUACUCUACAACAAUGUUCUCAGUCAUAUUGUUCCAUGUCUUAGUCCAUAGGCAAUAACAUUGCUAAUUUCACUCUCCUCCCUUGCAAAGUUAUUACCCCAAAUAACGACAGUGUAUCUCAAAUCUUUUACCAAACUGAGAUGGAUGUUAUGUAUUAUAGUUACACAAGUGAUAAUAAUGCAAUGGAAUUUGAGAUAGAGUAUUCCCAGAUGAAGCACUGAGAUUUCAAUUUAAAUUUAUAUGUUUAAUAUAAUCUGUUUAAAAGGUGUUGAAAUCAGUGACAGAUGCAUAAGAGUCGUUUGAUAAACUAAUGUUAUAAAGAUGUUGAAAUCAGUGACAGAUGCAUAAGGGUCGUUUGAUAAACUAAUGUUCUAAAGUAAAAUCGAAGAGAAAAAUGUCUAAGUUACUAUUUAUUUUGCAUAUACAAGUUGUUAUUACAUACAAUUUAUUUUUAAUUUGCUAACAGCUUAAGGUUUUCUUUGUAACAGAAAAUCUAUAUAAUUCAUAUUCAUUUCAUCCAGGCUCUAAAGUUUCCUUACCAACUGAAUCUCUUUAAUGUAGUUUCAAACUAUCACUUUGCUUUGGACUGAAAUUUAAAUGAAACUAAUGUGUCUGAGAACAUUGGUGGAUUUGUUCAUAUUCUUUCAUUUGUGUUGUUCAUUUUCUUUUGUUCAUAUUUUUAAGUUUUUAUAAAAUGUUUGUUAUAAGUGCUCACAGCACCACCAAGAGUUAUUUCCCUUGUUUUCACUGUGUGGUACAGCAUGCUCGUGUUAGAUUUUGUACUUGUGAACAUGACAUGGUCAUGCUAGACAGUAGUUUGAUAUAUUUUUCGAAAAUUGUGUUUCCAUGUACAGAUGGUACUCAAUGAACACCCUAUCACAUGAUAAAUAAUGUCUCUCUAUAAUCAUAAGGUUAGAGAUUAAAGUUAAAUCAGCCAACAAACUCAAACAGAUUAUGAGAAUGGCAUGAUUAUGGUCAACAGACAUUCAUUUCCAGUGGGUCUUUUCAAAUUUGUUUUAUUGACUUUGAGGGAAGUUAUUAAAGAUGAUCCUGCUUUUGUUGGAUAUUGUUUUCUCUACAAACUUUUUUUUUUAAUUCUAAAAAUAAAAAAAAAAAAUAAAGAAAGAAAUAGUAUUUUUUAUAUACAUAUAUAAAACAUACAACAUGCAAACUAUUUAUUAGUAAUGUAUUGAUGAAGAUAUUUCUGGCAGAACAAAUCUUAUGUAAACAGAGUGCCUGCUGUUUUUUAAAUAUUUGAAUUACUAUGUUGACAAAGUAAUUAAAUAACAUAUGUUUCUAUUUUAGACUUAAAUGAAAAAUCAAAAUUCAAGAUAAAUGAUGAGAGAAGCAUAUAUUUAUAAACAGUUGUCGUAUGAGGCAAUAUUGGCUUUUAAUUUUUUGAUAAGGAUGAAAUUUUGAAUUUAUUUAUUUCAAUGGGGCUAAACAUUAUCAGCUCUCUGGGGAUUUUUUUGUGUGGAUGAAACAUGCAAUAUAAAAAAGAUUGUUAACCAUAACAUUUUUCCACCCUGACCCUCCGGCUCACUUAAAUUUGAUGUGCUGUCCAUUAUAUUUGAUGUAUGGUGCAUUUAUAUUUGAUGUAGAAUCCUCUUACUAUUGAUGUACAAAAACAUGCAAUACUACCAAGAUUUGGAACUGCAAUCCGAUUUAAGCAUAUUGAACCCAACAUACUUUUUUAAAAACAAUAAAUAGUCAAAGUCAGUCAGAAGUUGUGGCAUGAAUGCUGUAGGGAUAAUUUUAAGAGCAACGGAGAUUAAAUUAAAUGGCUCAAGCAUAUUGAAAGAGAGAUAUUUGUUUAAAUUGAUAUUACAAGAAUAACAAGUUUUGCAUGCUGCUUGUUCUAAGAGUUUUCUAAAACAACUGUUGAUAUUUUUAGUAGAACAACUUGAAAUUUUUAAGGAGCAUGCUUUGCCUCAUGGGGGUGUUCUACCUCCCUAAAACAAGAGAAUUAACUCUAAACCACUGCUCAAUAUCUUUUGUUUGACAUUUUGUUUUUCCUGCAUUUUUACUUUGAUUUGCUUCCUUGAUCGGAUGGCCCUGGUACACUCCCCUGCCUUGUUUCAGCUAUGAGAUCUACAUACCACUUUAGACUUCCUCAGCCGACUCGAAUAAGGAAAGCAGGUAGAGUAGUUUCACAUAAACCUAGCAUUCUACUAAUUUAUUUUGUUUUGGAAUCAAAGAUCUGGUUUCCCGACUGUUGUAGAGUAUGUCACCAUAAUGUUCACCGUUAAUGCUCUGGUUCAGGCAAGUUGAUCCACAUAUCAGACGUAGAAUCCAUCCCUUAAUUAUGAAAAGUUGGAAUGUAAGUUGGAAUUAAAUUAUGUACUCAGCAAUUUUUUAAUCUGUUCUACAUUCAUUUAUAAAAAAUGUGCAGCAUCCAACCAGAUAUCCUUGCUCCGUGAUAAUUAGUAGAAAUAUAGACCAUUUGGUGUACUAUUUUUACACCAAAUCUCGGGUUUGCCAAUACUGAAAAGGAGUAAAUCAAUUAAUGUAAUUGUGACCCAUAAACACUACUGAAUUUUAAAUCCUAAAUGCAAAUGCAACACAAUCAAAUGGCAAUAUAAAUAACCACUAUAACAAUAUAAGUCACCGUUUUCUCAACCAAAGUCAUAAAUAUUGUAAUUUUUUAUGGAUAUAAAAAAAAGAAUGUUUAACUUUUAUUGCCUAGUUAAUUUAUCAUUAUUCUAUAGAGGACAAUUUAAAAAAACAAACAAUCUGUUUAAAAGCUGAUUUCUGUUAUUAAUAAUGGGUAUGAAAAAAAUCAAACAAAUAAAUUAUAUGACAAUCUGAGUUCAAAUACAUUUUAUAUUAAAUUUCUUUAGGCAUAUAUACGAAGACAUUUUUUUAUUUAUGUUCGAAGUAUCAGGUCCAUCUCCAUCAUAUAAAAGUAUGAUGAAGCUUGCAAAUUGACCAACAAGUCUCCCUAGAAUACAUCCAAGUAUUAUAAACAAAAACAAUGAUAAAAACUAGAGGGCUUUGACGUGCAAUAUUUUUAAAAAGUAUUUUUGAUUUUUCCACUUAUUACCAUUCGUUCCUGUUGUAAGGUAUAAAAUGUUUCAUUGUCUGUGUUUUGAUAUGGUAAUAAUACAUGCUGUUGACUUGGCCAGGAUAUUCCUGUACAUGUUUUCCCAGAAACCCCCUUUUUGUGUGUUCUCACAUGUGCACAGAAACUUUGCUGACACUUUGUAAACUAGUUGAGCAAGGCCUGCCUUAGUUUUGUCUGUCUAACCCUAACACUAAACAUGCAUCACGCAUCAUGCCUGACUGGUACUCGGAAUGCCUUUUUUUUUUUUGCACAUCAUCACAAUUUUCACUUGACUGGCUUUCACAUUUGAUUGUAUUUUACAUUUUAUUGGCUUUCACAUUUCACGUAUUUUUGUGCAGGGAAGGGCCUUCCAUAUUAUUUUUAUCACAUCUUCGAAAAAAAAUCCUUAAAAUUUAUUAAAUAACAAGCUUGAGCUAAAAUGACAUUGGAAGGCUUUAUUUUUUGUGUCUCAAAAAUGUCAGUGGUUAUUUGAAAAUAACAUGAUUUCAACAUGGCUAAGUUUGGCUAUCUUGAGCAAUGGUUUUUGACCAAAUGUCUUAGUUUGCUACCCUUAAUCAAAGAUCUUUAAUCAAAAUUUCUAAGGUUGGCUGUCUUGAGUAAUGGUUCUUUGUCUAGAUGUCUAAGGUUGGCUGUUUAAGGUUGGCUAUCAUGUUUUGGCAAUUGUUUUGACCAAAUGUCUAAGGCUGGCAAUCUGUUUUGACCAAAUGUCUAAGGCUGGCAAUCUGGGGCCUUGGUUGUUGAUAGUUUCUAUUAAUGCUUUGAAUUAAAUUAGUUUGCUCCUUGCCUGGUAGCUCACCCAGCAGACAUAUUAAACUGUCUCCCUGAAAAGGAACAAGCAGGUUGACUUCGGUUACCUCACUCAUGCCUGCCUGCAUUGAGGGGCAUUCCUAAUAGAAGGCUGCCCUGAUAGUUUUGUUUGAAGAGUACUACCAUGUUGCUUCUAGAACAGUUUCACUCUUGGGAUGCACUCAAAGUACUGAAUGUUGACUAUCUUUAUAUUAUACAAUUCUUAUAGUUCUUAGUUUACUUCAGAACUCAAUUUAGGUUUCUAUUCAUUGUUCUUCUAACAAGUUGUCUGAUCUUUUGCAAAGGUAAACAUUUAUUUCAGUAGUGGUUCUCAAAAAUGUGAAAGCUAAGCUUUGAAGCUUGUGUAUAUAGGGAGCGUGCUCUUGGUCCGAUAAUUGGUAUCCCUGUUCCAAUAUGUGCUGUAGAUCAAUGGCUCUUAAACUUGCAGAUUAGUUGCAAAGUGUACAUGCCAGUUGCCUCUUCUAAAUGUUCUGCUGAGCUGCCAUGCAUUAAUUGCUUAGAAUGUUAGGUUCCCAAAUGUAUGAACUAGAUCACGCACUGAUCACACUCAAUGGUAAGCUUAGCUUUAGUUACUUUAAGUGGUACAUAUCUUUCUUUUUUUUAGGUAACUGCUACCAUCAAAAUCAGUUGUUGAUUUAAUACAAUCUUGUUAAAAAUUUUGUUAAGUCUAAUGCCUGCUUUACACUUCUGUUUGAUACACCAAAGCCAGGCUGUUAAUUUUCUGGAGGUUUUGUUUCCAGUGUCCUGCAACACUCUGCAACAAGGGGCAUCCAAUGGGGCACAGGGCCCUUCAACCUACCGCCGGCCACCCUCUCCUGACCUGUAUAGGAUAAAACAACAGAGGCAGAGGGGCAACAGUCAGGACAGUGGCAGUGAGACUGGAUCGGGUUCAAACCCAGGUUCUGAUUAUGCAGGUAUUUUUAUUGGGUAUAUUUCAUGCAUGAGACACUCAUGAGGGGGAAUGCUUACUGAACAUUUCAAGGAGAGAUUGGUUACACAGUUAAAAACAAUACUAUUUUAAUACAUAGCUAAAAAAAAAUAUACUAAUUUCAUUGAUAAAUUUCAACUAAUUUAUUUCAUAGAACAGCGGUUCUCAACCUGGGGGUCGCGGGACCCUUUCCCAGGGGUCGCCUAAGACCAUCUGAAAACACAUAUCCUUACAGUUAUGAAGUAGCAACGAAAAUAAUUGUGUUGCUGGGGGUCGCUGCGACACGAAAAAGUGUAUUAAAGGGUCGCGGCAUUAGGAAGUUUGAGAACCACUGUCAUAGAAAGCUAAAUUCACUUUUCUUACCCUAUUUCCCAUAUAUAUUUUUCCCCACACAGGUCCAAAGCUGUUUGUGAAACCCAGUGCCAAAUCCAACCGUCACAUUAUCGUCAAUGCCAUCUCCCACUGCUGCCUGGCUGGAUCUGUUAAUACUGACAUGAAGAAUAAAGUUUUAGAAGUAAGCUGAUAUGUUGUCAUCUACUUAUUCUCUGUGGCUUCAUUGGCACGCCAUGUGAUACAACAAACGCAGUUCGGAGAUAUUUUAUGACUGCAAUAAAAACAAUUCUUAACUAAUUGUUUUAGAGCUCAAGACAAUUGUUUUUAAGAUAUCACCACCAAACUAUAGAAUAAGGGGCGGCGAACUUUUUUAGCUACUGUCCCUACUAAUAUUUGUUUUUGCUGACAUUACCCCCUCGAUUUGGAUUGGAGAAAAUCAUGGACUAUUUAAAUUCAGAACGAUUAAUUAAAUCUAUUUACAUAGUUAAUACAAUUUUAUAAAAAGUAUCAAAUAAAGGCAAUAAAAUAAAAUUUUAAUAGUUAUAAAGCAAAGGCGACAAGGCCAAAAUGACAAAUACCAUACAAGAUGUGCAGUUAUGUUAGGUGCCGACUGCUGAGCAACUAAUAACUACAAAAUUGUGGGUACAUUCCUCCAUCACUGGUCAGAUGCAGUAUAACCGGACAUUAUUUUGUUUUUAACAAGGAAUGCGAUUUUUAUAGAAUUUCAUUUAUUGCUAUUGAGCCAUCAUUACCCCACUUGGGGUAAUUUACCAUGAUUCCCCCGACCCCCCCCCAGCUCCGAAGAGCACACAAGUAGCUACUUUUUAAAAAUAGAUGACUACUUUUGACACUCAUGUUUUUAAGAGAUGACUACUUUUGACACUCAUGUUUGUUUCUGACUGAAGGAAUUGUCCAAGUGUGAGGCCAACCACUUCCUGAUAUUAUUCCGAGACGCAGGCUGUCAGUACAAGGGCCUCUUCAUCUUCUACCCUGAGACAGAGGAGGCCUUUAAAGUACAUGGGGUGGGCCCCAAACACAUCACCAAUAAAAUGUGUGAAAAAUUCUACAAGUAAGUACAGUCUGUCACAGUGUAACACAGUCCACGCACUGAACAUCCAACUGUUUUAAAAAAAAAAAAAAAUACAAAAACACCCCCCCCCCCCCCACAUCCCCAAAUACUGCCAUCUGUUAAUCUUGUUUCAUAACAUUGUCAAUAGUAAAAUAUUAAUUAAUGAAAGAAAUAUUUUUCAAAGAUAAUAUUGUGAAAAUAAUUUAUAUUACCUGUAUUUUAUAUUUAAAAUGAUCAUACCGACACAACUAAUGCCUAUAUCCCGUCAAGGGGACGUUACUUACACUACUUUCUUUAUGCGUAGAUAUGAUUCACGCUCUCUUGCCUAAUGCGGUUGAUUAGAAUAUAUCUGUUAAAUGAAAAAUUACUUAAAAGGUACAUGCGGGUAGGAUGUGAACCCCUAACAUUAAGUAGCUUGUAAAUUGUUUGCAAUAUACGCUGUAAUAUACUGUAGUUAGGCAGUUGAGUGCUGUUUUCUUUCUUGUAUUUCUGACCAACAUUCAUGUACAUCCAUCAAGCCAACAAUUUGGUCUUCUCUACAGAAACCAUAUAAAAUCUGAUUAAAUUUCCAACACUGAUAUGUGUUGAAAAUAAUAAAACCAACAACAUUGUCAACUCCUACAGUCUUCUUGGAUUGAUUACAUUUGUCAAGUUCUUUUCACACGUUGAAGCGUCGUACUAUUCUCACUAUCAUUGAACAAACUCAACUCCUUUUCAUAAUAACUAUAACUUUAAUGUAUAAGUAAAUAUAAUACACAUAACAUGUGAAUAUAGCGCAGCUCGCUAUCAGACCUAAAUAAUACACAUCCUAUCACUCCAAAGUUCCACUCAAGACUGCCGCACGACUAAAACAUACGUCACAAUACUGCAUAGACAAUAUGUCACGAAUCAGCAUAAAAAUACGUCAUAGAGACAAUGGCGGGAAGAGCGUUCAAUAACUAUAAUAGUCAAGCGCGGGAAAAGCGUUCAACAACUAAUUAACAUAAUAUUGAGUCGCAACAAUUACUAAUGAACGCUCAUAUUCGACAAACAUAUUUUAUCUCAAAUCUAUUUGGACCAUGGGAAGUUCAAAUGUUUAAAAAAAUCUUUUUAUUUAAAUGGUUAAGUUUUCAGAAUGUACCCCCCCCCCCGCUCCAACCCAGCCCCUCAUGUUGAGCCGAUUUGAUAUAUAAAGUGAAGAGACAAAUGAUAUAGUAGAACAGAUGUAAUUUUAAUGCCUGGGAACCAGGUGAAUGUGAAUUGAUUUAAGAAUUUAAAAACAUCUUUCUCUUGUAUUUUCUCCAGGUACAACUCUGGCGCCAAAAGCUUCAUGGAGAUCACAUCCACCAAACAUUUAUCCGUGUCAGUGGAUGCUGUGGUCCUGCAGGGAACUGUGUGGAAGACUGGGAAAGUUGUGGUCAAACGAUAGGGGCUGCACUUUCUUGCGUCUGUAUUUGGAUUACUUUGUGCUGCUUAUUUCAUGAAUGUGCCGAGAUUCACUACCAGAUGUCCUUAAAUGUUAUGCCUCUUGAUGUGUGCUGUUAAGAUGUGGAGUACGCACGUCUGUGGUGCUUACAAGUGCGGUCCUGGACUAAAGUCUGGAGAAGGAUGGAGCGUUGAAAGAUUUCAACGUGAUUAUCAUCUUGGAUCGACUCAAUAACAGACCACUGAGUCUUUGUCCCCACGGAUCAUCCGAUACUGACAUUGUCACUGUCAGCUCACUGCAGUCAAAGAGUCAAGACAAGCUUUCACCAACUGUGAAUCAGUGUCAGUUCUUGUAUCACAUAGAUUCGGUCAUAGGCCAGUGGUUCUGUGUGUAGUGAAGUGAAACAGGGUUUUUAUUCCAACUGGUUCAAAGGAUAAAUAUUUUACGAAGACUUCCUGCUCCGGGAUAUUGCUGAAGGAAGAAUAAAUGUAAUGGACAAGUCUAACCAAGAUUGCAAUAUUUACCGUCAUCAUUUCAACAAUACCCUAUCCUUGCUGUGUCUGUCCAUCAUAUUUUAUCAUCUGCUGCCCUCCUUGAGGAUGUGUUGUGACGAAAGGAUAACUGCUUGCUUAUUUGUUUCUUCUCUCUUAAAAUUUGCAUAUCUUCAAAAUUGACGGUGUCGAUGUAUUGAUGUAUGGCCUUUAUCUCCGUGCAGCCUUGGUAUCAGUAUGUCAUUUAGUCUUUCAAUUUUAAAUACGGAAAAAAAAUGUGUAAUCUGAUUUAAUGUGUGGAAAUUGUUUUUUACCUGCGUGUCUGACAUUUUACCUUGAUGAUUAAACCAGGUAGACUUUUUGAUCAUGUGAGAGACCUGGUACAUUCUGGUAUUUGACCAAAGUACACUUGGACAGUCUGAGAAUUUUUAUUUGCUGCAAUGUUUUCAGGGAAUAAACGUUAUUAAAAUAAUAAAUUAAAAUAGGCAGGGCAAAGAUGACCGAAACAAAAUUGAUGACUACGCACCAUUUGGAAGAAAAAAAAGCAACUGCUGCAACACUUAAAUGAAACAAAAUAUUUAUUUGAUGUCAAAAAAAGUUUUGCCCAAAGAAUUAUUGAAUAAAAUAAAUUGUAUAAUGUUAUUAGGCUUGCAGGGGAAAAAAAAUUCUGGAAAUGCCGGAUGUGAUUUCACAAUGUAGAUUUUCUCUCGUAGAUUACAGGUUUUUUUCCCUUCAUGUAACAGAUUUGUGAAUAAUUUUUAAUUUAGUUUGAAUUUUUUUAGCAAUUCAUUUUGAAAGUUGAAAUAUUUCUUCAGUCUUCUAAUUUUCCCAACAGAGAUGAAAAUUCCAGUUUGUUUCACAUCAAUGGGAGUGUCUGUUAUCAGAUGGUAAACGUGUUUCAAAAUUUCUUUCUCUUCUUUGCUCACUUGUCUAACCCUUUUGGAACACUGCCGCCGCCGCCGUCCACAUCCAGUCUUGACUGACCAGCCAGAGUGGCCACAGGGUCUCAAAACAGUCUGGUUUGGUAGUUUGAAAACACAUGAUCGGUGUUAAUUUGUAUACCUCUCAAGCAAGGGUUAUGUAUCAUACCUUAUCUGAAUAUGUUUUUUGUUACCUGUAUUUAUAAAAAAAAAAUCUUUUAAUCAAUUCUUCAGCAGCCAUGUCACUUUUCCA